CGUGGGAGCCCCGGUUCCGGCGGGGCGCGGGUUCCGGCGCGGCCCCGGUUCCGGCGGGGCCAUGCUGCCCGGCCGCGCUGCGGAGCCGGACGGGGCGGUGCGGCGCUUGCUGCGGGCCGGCGCGGCUGCCAGGUCAGCGGGGCGGGGGGCCGGGGGCACGGGGGCGGGGGGCGGCCAGCGGCCGAGGCCUGGCCCUUCCCCAGCCCGGGCACCGGGAGCGAUACCGGGGGGGGGGACACACACAGGGACGGACACACACGUUACCGCCGGCCGCCCCCGCCCCACCCCCGUGCCCCUGACCCGCCUCCCCGCAACCUGAGGUACAAAGUGAUGAAGAACUGGGGCGUGCUCGGGGGGUUGGCGGCCGCGGUGGCGGCGGGGAUGUACGUGCUGUGGGGUCCCAUCACCGAGAGGAAGCGGCGCAGGAGAGGGCUUGUACCUGGCCUUCUUAACUUAGGAAACACCUGUUUCAUGAACUCUUUGCUGCAAGGCUUAUCUUCCUGUCCGUCUUUCAUCAAGUGGCUGGAGGAAUUUACAGCACAAUACAAGACGGACCAGAACCAGGCCACUGAGCAUCAAUACUUAUCGGUCACUUUGCUGCGUCUCCUCAGAGCUUUAUCCUGUCAAGAGGUAACAGAAGAUGAUGUCCUGGAUGCAAGCUGCCUGCUAGAAGUUUUAAGAAUGUACAGGUGGCAGAUCUCAUCAUUUGAAGAACAGGAUGCUCAUGAACUAUUUCAUGUCCUUACUUCUUCAUUAGAAGACGAACGGGAUCGUCAGCCACGUGUGACACACCUGUUUGAUGUGCAUUCUCUGGAGCAGCCAGAAAUAACCCAAAAGCAAAUAAGCUGCAGAACAAGAGGGUCUCUUCCCCCUGUGUCAAGUCACUGGAAAUCUCAGCAUCCUUUUCACGGAAGGCUGACCAGCAACAUGGUUUGCAAACACUGUGAACACCAGAGUCCUGUGAGGUAUGAUACCUUUGACAGUCUCUCCCUGAGCAUCCCAGCAGCUGUGUGGGGUCGUCCUAUGACGCUGGACCACUGCCUCCAUCAUUUCAUCUCCUCUGAAUCUGUAAAGGAUGUUGUGUGUGACAACUGCACUAAAAUUCAGGCAGAAGGGACUCUGAAUGGACAGAGCAUAGAAAACCAGAGAACAACAUUUGUUAAGCAAUUAAAGUUAGGAAAGCUCCCUCAGUGUUUGUGUAUCCACCUGCAAAGACUGAGCUGGUCAAACCAAGGCACUCCUCUGAAACGUCACGAACAUGUACAGUUCAAUGAGUUCCUGAUCAUGGACAUCUACAAAUACCGCAUUCCUGUUCAUAAAUCAAGACAGAAUGAGCUGAAUCAGAAAAGCUCUGAAGAGACAGCGCCAGGAACAAAGGAUGGGAUAGCAGUAAAACCUUCAGAUGCAGAACAGCCACCUAGUACUAAAACACUCUUUAUGAAUGGUGCCUCCUCCUCCUCAUUUUUAAUGUCCUUGGGAACUUUUCCACUUGCUGCAUUCCCUGAAUGCAGUUCCCCUGUGUACCUUUACCGUCUGAUGGCAGUUGUAGUUCAUCACGGAGACAUGCAUUCUGGACACUUUGUGACUUAUCGCCGCUCUCCACCUUCUCCUAAGAACCCACUCUCUGUCAGCAGUCAGUGGCUAUGGAUUUCAGAUGACACCGUUCGCAAAGCUAGUUUGCAGGAAGUCCUUUCUUCUAGCGCUUACUUGCUUUUUUAUGAGCGUGUUCACUCGAGGGUACAGCACCAAAGUGUGGAGUUGAGGGCUGAAGAGUGAUUCAGAGAGAAGGACAAAAACUGACAAAAUUCCUUUAAUGAGAUCUACGCUGCACCUCCUGUCUGUUAUGCAAAUAACCCACCAUGAGCCCUUUAACCUUCCCCUCUAUGGCAAUGGCUGGCUCCUGCUGGGAGUGGUGUUUCGUACCAACAUUACGCUACCCAAAGUUGGCCUGCUAACAUCGUGCAGUCCAAAGUCUAUCUGUAUUAGAGGAGCAUUUAUUCUGUUAGGUGAUAGUUUUGUCAACAUCACAGCUCUGAAACAGACUUCCCAAGGCUGUAUUCCAUAUUCUGACACCUAUGUGAAUUUUCAGAGAGAUGCUUAAUCCUAUACCUUUCACUGCAGAUGUUUCUGAACAGGAGAGCCCCAGAAGCAGUUGAUGGGAAGCUACUGUUAUCAAAGGCAAUGAAUUUAAGAAACAAAGUGCCUUGAGCUUAUUUGAAUACCUACAUUACCAUUGUCUGAGUCCACUGCGUGUUUGUUGCAUUCUGGUAAAUGUCUCAAGAUAACGGGAUGAACUACAAAAUGGAAUCAGAUUUCUCUUGGUAUCCCAGCUAAUAAAUGAAGUAAGGCAUCUCUGCAUAACAUGCACGAUCCAAAAAAAAGACUUCCCUAUUCACAUAAUUUUCCUAAUAUUUUAGUUCCUUAUACAUCACAGAAGUAUUUCUUCUGAUUCAAAGUGCAGUUUCUUUUUUCCAGGAGAAAAGGUAAUUAUUUUUUUUUAAUCUAUGAAGAGCUGAGGCCCUGAUUUAUUGCUCGGUAUCUUUGGAAUAUAACUGAAAUCAAAAGACAUUUGCUAGCAAUCAGUAUUAUUUCCUUAGUCACUAUGAAACUGUUGAAUAUGGUUGCUUGUAGUAUCGACUACAACUUUUAAUGCUGUGAUUUCAAGGCUACUGUAAUUGGUGUUCUCGACUUGCCCGUCCUGUUUUAAUGCUGAAAACUGCCAUUUCUCACCAACCAUUCAGAUACAUGCUGUCUGGCUUGCAGUUGAGCUUUAGAGCUUGUACCGGUGGUGAUCGUGAGCUGAGAUGUAGCAACCCCAAGCAUCCUCAUUAAGUGAACAGUAUACGUGAUCGGGACUGGUGGGCACCUGCCUUGCAAAAUAGUACAGCAGUCUGGAAAGGCUGGUGUCACUGCAUUAGAUACUGAUUGCCACAUAAAUAGAAGUAAGGUGUACUUUGCUGCUCUAGAUUGUUUGUGUAAAAAAAAUAAUAAAUUCCAAACAAAGUGCUGGUGGGAGAAGCAGCAAAAAUCAUUCUUUUGACUGCUUUUAAAUUACCAGGAAUAAAGUAUGUAGGCUAUUUUUAGCUCUUUUCUAUCCUUGUAAGCUUGGAGGAGUAGAGUGUAAUUCAUCAGACAAGCUUUUUCUGUGUAAAACAGCAACGGAGUUUUCAAAUGAUAACAGCCGUAUUAAUAGGGGUUUUUAGGGCAACUUUGUACCUCAUGUAUUUAUAUUGCUGCCCAAAGCUCAUAGGUGUUCAGAGUUCCUUAAUGGGAGGCUCAAAACCAGCCAAAAUAGGAGUGGUGAUGGAUAUAUAUGCAAAAUUACACAACUCCUCAGUCCAGAGUAUGGAUCACAGUUCCUGCUCCAAGUAAUACUCGUAGUAUGUAAAAUAGUCUUUAUAAAUCCACUAACCUACUAGCUCCUGAGAAGUCUCCCCCUCUCUGCUAGGCUAGCAGUAGCAUGGUUUUAACCUUUCUAUUUCAAGUUAUGGAAAAACAACAAGAAAAACAAACAAACAAAAAAACCUAGAAAGAUUCAAAAUGCAAAAGAUGCCCUGGCCGUUGAACUAAGACCUAAUGGCCUUGCCGAAGAUGAAAGCCCUCCAUUCUGGGCAGCACAGGUGUGCAGCAGGAGCUCUGUAAAGCACUGCUGGGUGUCAUCUAAGAAAAAGACAACCCAAUAUCGUGCAAAGUACUUGUUCCAGCAAAUCUACCAUUUGUACCUCAGAACUCCAAACCAUUUCCACUGCCAACAGUGUAUAUUCUGCAAUACCUGUUCUCAACAGGAUCUGUUUAGAGUUUUUAACUGAAUUUUUGAGGUGUUCAUCUGAACAGGUCACUUUAGAAAGCAGUAAUGCUGGAGCUGGGUCAGAACAUACACACAUGGUGGACCAAGUCUUAAAUUUAUCAGCUUGUAACAGGGACAUAAAGCCGCAUAUUACUGCAAGCUUGCACGUUCGAUGUAUUUUUCUUUUGUGUUGAGCUGUUUUCCAGUAGGGGCUGGUUUGAUGAGAAGUGCAGUCGCUGUACAACACUGAUAAAUUGCUCAGUUUCACUCAGCUGCAGAUUUACACUGAAAGCUUCCUCAAGGGCUGUAAAAAUGAGGGGGGGUGUAGUCAGCAUUUGUUCUAGCCUUCACUGUUAGGAAGGAGUAGAUUGUCUUGGCUUAGCCCUCAGUGUGAGGAAGGGAGCAAGUAUCAGCACUUCUGUCCUGGUCCUGAGCUGUGCUAGAUCCUCCCAGCCUCCUGUGAGCAUCCAAGACCUCUGCAGAUGUUUGCCACCCAGCCCUCACCUUUCAAAGUCAUUUGGCUCUGUGCAGGCAUGUGAGGCUCAUCAAACACUGUCACUUGUUACUCAUAGGCUUCCAUGGUGGAGAAAGUAUCAAUAAAAUGUGAAGGGUUAAAAACCAUAAGACCGCCAGGAUGACAUCUCUGUGUUUGGAUUAUUCUCGUCUUUUGUGCAUUAUUUAAAAAGGUAUGAAAUUCUAGUCAAACCACUGCACUGCUGUUUGAAGUUGCAUUUUCACUUCAGGGUAUUUUUGUAACUGUACAGUAGCAAUAAAUGAACAAACUUACUAGAAAAA